GUUUCCGUCACUGAUGUUUAUCUAGUUUGAAAACAAUGCACCGAAUGCAUAUUUAAUAUUUAUUUUUAAAAUAUUACAGCAUAUCUAAAAUUUGACCAUGUACUAUUGCUAAAGUGAUAUUGACCUUCAAGUCGUUGUGUAUGGCACAAGAUGAUAAAUAACACAGGCUUCUCAGAGCUGAGAACAAGACUUGUAUAAAAUAAAAUUUGAGUCAUGUAUGGAAGUUCAAACUCCCAGACUAAACGGCGCAAGAAGCGUUUACUACAAGCAACAAAAACAGUGACAGUAGUUCGUGGCAAGUUGGGCUAUGGUUUCACUAUAUCUGGCCAAAACCCCUGCAUGUUGAGCUCUAUUGUUGCUGGUAGCCCAGCACAAGCAGCAGGGCUGAAGCCUGGGGAUCUCCUCUACUUUGUCAACGGACAGAAUGUCAGCAGAGCCUUCCAUGAUGAUGUUGUGCGCAUGGUAGGGCUCUCCACAGGAUCAUUAGUUUUGCAGGUUGCAGAAAAUGUAAACAGCUCCGAUUCCUCUGAUGAUGACUACCCACCUCGCAGCAAGUCACGCUACCCAAAUAGAGUUCGGCCUCGCAAGAAUCAUGGGGAUAGAGUUUCUAAAUAUGACCGGGCUUCACGACAAGCUGACAACUUGCCAGCUCAUCAGCGCCAGUACGCCCCCCAGGGUACAGAGUCAGACUUGUCCUCCAGCCUUACAUCCCAGGAGGACCACGGCUGGACCCAGGGCUGGCCCAGGGUCAACCAGAGAGCGGCCCCAGAAGCAGGGCGAGGGUUCACCUAUACUGCCGUACAAGAUGGCCCUGUCAUCUCUACAGCCAAGAAAGUCUCCUCUGCCUCUGCUGUAGUCAAGAAGGUCCCUCCCAUGUCAGGACAGUCAGCUGAGACACACCCCUCCGUCUUACACAAUAAAAUUGUUGAUCCAGUACCAACUCCCCAGAUAGAAAAGUUGAAUGUUAGGGCAGAGAAGGAUGGUGAAGAGGUCCUGCUGCCGUUGGUGGAGCCUCUAAAAGCUGUUGUGGGCUACAUUGGUUCAAUAGAAACUCCAAGUUCUCACACUCGCCCACACCAGCGCCUCCAAGCCUUACGCAAUGCAGUUAGAAGGCUGAGAGUAGAGAAGAAGGUUCACACCCUGGUGCUGAUCCAGGUCAGCCAGACGGCUGUUACCCUAACCAAUGCACUGGGCAAGCAGCUAGCCCUGUACCCCAGUGACCGUAUCGCCUUCAGUGGGAUCUGUCCAGAUGACGAGCGCUUCUUUGGGCUGGUGACCCUGAGUUUACCUGAUGAUGACACCAGCAGCUUGCUGGAGGGGGGAGGAAACACAAGCUUCCCUAACUCUUCCUGUCAUGUCUUUAUGAUUGAACCAGAGUUAAGUCCCCACAGUAUGCACCUGCAACAAGCUGAAGCCUUCCACAUCAAGUGUAGCAGACAGUCCUUGGUCUGUGAAGAGUUUCCCAGCUCGGCCACCUCACUGAUCCUGUCUAUAGCCAGCCUGUACCGUCAUGGACCGCCCAGAAAAUUUGACAGCGAAAUAGUUCAGUCUCAAGCUUUUGCUGACCCCAUGAGGCAAGCAGAGCGCAGCAAUAGUAUUGCUAGCAGCAAUGGGAACAACAGCACCAGUGACAGUGGGCUGGGACUAGCUAGAGAGGAGGCCCCCCUGGAGCAGAAUGAACAGAUCUGUGUUGUGGACCUCCCAUGUGACAGACAGUUAAACGCCAGCUGUUUCUCAGUAGACACAAGUGUCUUGUCUACUCAAGGCCAUCUCUCUCCAGAAGUGGACGUGGUCAACCACACGCAGGGGUCAGCCACACCUCGGAGGCCAUUGUCAGCUUUUGAUCCCAGAAGAGGUUUGAACAACUCCAGCAGCAGUGAGGAGUGCUGGCACCAUGUCAACAAGCUGAACCCCAGGGCCAUGCCAGACCCCGCCUACCCCGGGGCGCAGAGUGUCAGCCCACUGCCCCAGUCUACAGAAAACUUGAGACAAAGCAUGCAGCGCCUGUUGCAGGCUCGCCAGCAGCAGCUGCAGGAGCAGAACUGCAUGCUGGGUAGUGAUGGCGAGUCCCACGUGGGGGACCCAGUUCUCUCCCUCUCUGUGGCUGAAGAUGGGCACGCUGUGCUUGAGGGCAGCGUUGGGCAGAAGGUGCAGGCGUUGUUUGCUGCCCCUGUUAGCGUGCCAUCCACUGCCUCCGUCAGGUCAGCCUUCCAAGUGCCCAGACCCGUGUCAGCCCCACCUGUCAAGCACAGGUUCCACACCCAGCCAGAAACUGUGGACUUGGAGACUCUGGGCAAGCUCAGCCCCAGGGCCUACCCCAGCGCCUCACCCAUGGCAGUUUUUCGCUCUCCAUCCGCACCUCCGGCCCCAUUUUUCCCACAUCGAGAUUCUGAUGAGGAUGAGGAUGAUGAUGCAAGUGAUAAAAGUGAAGAUGACCCUUACAUACGCCAGAUUUUAGAACAAUUCAGCCGAGACAAGAUCUCUGCCUUAGAAGGAGAAAGUCGCAGAUUUUCAGAAGGAUUUGCUCUUUCAAAAAAGCGAGAGAAACAUGACGUAACAAACCCAGGCAAGUGGACGGGAUCAAGACGAGCUCAGUACAGCAUGCACAAACAAUCCUUCAGCCAGUCUCACGAGUCACUGGCUGUAGGUGAGGAAGUUGUCCCUAGCAACCAUAAACUGCUGAGUGCGUGUAGUGUCAGCAACAUUGCCUGUCAGACGGAGCAUGGACAAAUGGACAAGGCUGGCAGGGUGGCCAGUUGGGCCGUUCACUUUGAUCAACUGUUGAGAGAUCCUAUUGGGAUUGGGAUAUUUACUGAAUUCUUAAGAAAAGAGUUCAGUGAAGAAAACAUAAUCUUCUGGAAAGCUUGUGAACAAUACAGACAGCUGGUUGAUGACCAGGAGAGGAAGUCUGAGGCCAGGGCCAUCUACAGCAAGUAUUUAUCUGCCAAGGCCAGUGACCCAGUCAAUGUGGACAGCACAGCCAGGUCCUAUUCGGAGAAGUUCUUGGACAACCCAACAUCCAUCAUGUUUGACAUUGCCCAACAACAGAUAUUUCAACUCAUGAGACAGGACAGUUACGCCAGAUUUCUAAAGUCAGAGAUCUAUAAAACAAAGUUGAUGGAAGAAAUGGAAGGAAAGCCUUUGGAAGUCCCUGUGAAUGGGAUGCAACAGGAGAAAAAGAAAAAGCAGGUAAAAAAUGUGGACAAUGACAAGAGGCGGCGCUCUAUAUUGCCAUGGAAACAAAAUAAGAAAUCAGUGAAAAGUUUGGGCAAGAAGGGUAAAGAGGAUGUGGAUAAAGGUGUGGAUCCAGCCCCAGCAAGUGCCAGUGCCAGCGUGGUGCUAAAGAAGGCUCCAGGCCCAGGCAUUGACCUCAGUACAAUGAGAAAAGAAGUUUUUCACCCUAAAGAUAUCCGUGAUGCCCCAGAAUCCCACUUCAAGUUUUGUCGUAUUGUUAUGCCUGAUGGGUCCACCACUGUAGUGUGCGCCAAACCUGGGCAAACAUCACGCUCUGUGCUGAGCAAACUUUGUGAGAAAAGAUCCGUCUCCAUCGCCUCUGUUGAUGUCUUCCUGCUGGGAUCUGAUCAGCCCUUAGAUUUAAAUGAGGACAUAUCUACCCUGGGAUCCAAGGAGAUCGUCAUAGAGAGACGAGUGCUGUUUAGACUGGACCUACCAAACGGCAAGUCUAUAGGCGUCAAAGCCAAGCCUAACCGCACUAUACGUGAUGUCUUCAAACCUAUUCUCAACAAAUAUGGCUUACGUCUGGAUAAUGUUGGCGUUCAUUUGAUUGGCUCUCAAGAACUUUUGGAUUUAGAUGGUUCAGUGUCUGAACUGGACAACCAGCGAGCUGUGGUUGUCUUGGGUGUAGAUCUGGAAGAGAGGCAGGGGUCACUGGCCUCCCGCGCACCUGUGGGCCGCCACAAGGUAGGACACAAUGGCUCGCGUGGUGGCUCUGGUGGCUCACUGGAAGAGAUAACCAAUCAAAUAUUUGAUGAUUUAAUGCGAGGGAAAAGCCAAUUGGCCCAUGGCUUUGAUGAGCUGGGUGUUCUGGAGUUAGACAAGGCCAAGGGUUACAAAAACGAAGAGGUGCGCUCUUUGGGUUUAUUCGCGCUCCUGAGAAAAGAGUCAGUAAAAGACAAGAGCAGCAGAACAAAAGGCAAGGUGACCUUUGCCCUCCCACGGAAUGAAGCCAAGAAAAAGGGAAGCACCAGAGAAGGUGAGCGAUUAUUUGAAAUGCUUUCAAGUGCCCAGAGGUUACGUCUGGAAGAACAGCGUGGCGUGCAGGUGUCCACAGGAGAGCUGCCCUCAUUUUUGUGUCAGCCUGACGCUAGGGCAGGGCAUGACGUCAGCACCACACUGGCUGGGAACAUGUUUGAUGAUGUAGCUGAGAUCUCUAAGGCAGGAUUCUUGAGGUCUCGAGGCAAGAAGGUGGAGAAGACAUCAGACAGCACCCAAGAGGUGGCGCCUCAUAUCAAGAAGACAUCAGACAGCACCCAAGAUUUGGCGUCUCCUAUCAAGAAGACAUCAGACAGCACCCAAGAUUUGGCGCCUCAUAUCAAGAAGACAUCAGACAGCACCCAAGAUUUGGCGCCUCAUAUCAAUGACAAGUGGAGGGUAAAUGGCAGCCACUUGUCAUUAGCUGCUCACAUUGACAGUUACUUUGAAAAGUCUCCCCUGAUCAUUGACUCAGAGCCCAACAGAGCCCACAGAUCAGAGAGGCUUGUUGUCCAGGCUCCUGUGGCAUCCCCUGAAAACUUUUCUCCUGAAAGCAAAAAGCUCAAAAGUUGUCCACAAGUUAAAAACUCUGCUGUACCAAACAGACAAUUGUCAGUUUCCCCCACAUCGCUCCCAUCACACUCCCCCACACCGCUGCCACCACACUCCCCCACACCACACUCCUCCAGAACAAACUCAAGCAAUGCUUCACCAGUUGCCAACGUGUCUGACAAGAAUUAUUCUGUCACCCUCAAGGCUCCCUCUAGCUCCAACAUUAGCCAUCCUCUAGGAGCUAGUAACUCUCCCAAGCAACUCUCUGACUCUACAAAUGGAUUACCUGUACAGCUGGUUUCACCUAGGAUAUCUCCAGGUGAGACUUGUGUGGCCAGCAACAUUGUCCGCGCUUCUCCCAGGCUUGACCAGCCUCCCAGCUACAGACAACUUGAUCCUCCACCUUACAAAAAACGAACAUCGCUGUCCUCAAUCAAUACAAAUUCUUCCAGUGGGAAAGCUGUAUUCAUUGCAAAUUCAUUUCACCAAAAUGAAAAGCAGAUAAUUGAGAUGUCUCCCGCAUGUUCAAGGUCAGCAUUUAACUCACCCACCUGGGACCAGCUGUCUCCACCAAAGUCAACAUUUUACUCACCCACACAAAAUGGUGGAAUGAAGAGUCCACUCCACACACCAUCAGCACUGGAGUUUGUGGAGAAAAGAAAUCAGUUGAAUCAUCACUCAAGCCCACACCCCAGCUCCCUACACCUCCCAUAUCAACUAGUAGACCCAGAAGAUGAAACGGUUACAUUUGUGUGAAACUCCUUUUGUUCCUUGUCAACUUGGUGGCAUUAUUUAAGUUUGUGUCAGGCUAACUUGAAGCCUCCUAGACUAGCAGUUUUGAUCAGCUCGUUAAUAGAAAACUAAUCCGGUGAUGUCUAGAUGAAUUUUAAAGUAUUUUAAAGGAUCCAAUGUCAAAACCCUUAACACACAUUUUCCCAUUCAUGUAACAAAACCUUUAUAUUCUUGAUACAUAUAUAUUAACCCAGAUUUUGACCAGGGCUGUGGGUUGUGUUAUGGUUGUCUAAACUGUUUUACCAGGACUAGGUUGUGUAAUGGUUGUCUAAACUAUUUGACCAAGACUGUAUGGGUUGUGUUAUGGUUGUCUAAACUAUUUGACUUGGACUGUGGGUUGUGUUAUGGUUGUCUAAACUAUUUGACUUGGACUGUAUGGGUUGUGUUAUGGUUGUCUAAACUAUUUGACUAGGACUGUAUGGGUUGUGUUAUGGUUGUCUAAACUAUUUGACUUGGACUGUAUGGGUUGUGUUAUGGUUGUCUAAACUAUUUGACUAGGACUGUGGGUUGUGUUAUGGUUGUCUAAACUAUUUGACUAGGACUGUGUUAUGGUUGUCUAAACUAUUUGACUAGGACUGUAUGGGUUGUGUUAUGGUUGUCUAAACUAUUUGACUAGGACUGUGUUAUGGUUGUCUAAACUAUUUGACUAGGACUGUGUUAUGGUUGUCUAAACUAUUUGACUAGGACUGUAUGGGUUGUGUUAUGGUUGUCUAAACUAUUUGACUAGGACUGUAUUAUGGUUGUCUAAACUAUUUGACUAGGACUGUGUUAUGGUUGUCUAAAC